CGGCACGUGGGUGAGGAAGGUUAGGUCCAGAUACUCUUGCUCCUUGCUGCCCAAGAAAUGUCUUCGCUUUCAGAAUAUGCCUUGCGCAUGACUCGGCUGAGUGCCCGGCUGUUUGGAGAAGUUGCCAGGCCCACUGACUCCAAGUCUAUGAAAGUGGUGAAACUGUUCAGUGAGCAGCAGAUGGCCAAGAGGAAGGAGACUUACGACUGGUAUCCCAAUCACAACACGUACUUUGCACUCAUGGGGAUCCUCCAUUUUCAUGGCCUCUACAGAGAUGAGCACCAAGAUUUUAAGGAGGAGCAAGUACAUCUGAAGAAGCUUCGUGGGAAGGGGAAACCCAGGAAAGGAGAAGGGAAGAGAGCCACAAAGAAGUAGUAGUACUGGCCUUGGAGAGAGAGCUGCUC